AUGCGCUUGCCCGCAUUCCCCUCUUUGACUUGUCGAACCGUGAUCGCGCCGUGGCUCGCUUCUCGUACCAAGCUUCGUGUUUCCCUUCUCGUCUCUGGCUCCUGGCUCCGCACAUGGCUACGCAAGAAAACCCAUACCUACUGGCUCCGUCGAGACCGGCUCCGUUUUCUCUUGUCCUUUGAUGACUGCUUCUCCAGCCGUUGGCGCGUUUGCGCUCUCUCCUCUUCCCCUCGCUUGACCGUGCCUCCUAGCAAGGGGCUGGCACUGGCUCUGCGACUGUUCAGUCAGCCACAGCCCGACAAGCAAACAACCUUACGAUGA